UUAAAAUUUGUAAGUAAAAAUCAUCAGAAAUAUGCAUCUCUAGGUUAUAUUCCGUUUCAAAUCAGUAAAAAUUCAGCAUUAUGAAGAAAAAAUAUGGAACUUAAGGCGUAGAAAAGCUUGGGUGGGGUCUCUUGGAUCUUAAUCCAUUCAUCACAAAUGUUGAAAAGUCAUAAAUUCUAAAAAUUGCUAAAAUGAGUAUGACAGACAUGCUAGUUAAGGCAAAAGUUGAGUUUCAAAGAAACUGGAACGAGAACAGGGCAGUCCCUGCAAAACUAUCAGAUUUCGAAUUAAUAAGAACAGUUGGCCAAGGAGGAUUUGGAAGAGUAAUCAUAGUUAGACAAAAAACUACUGAUAACUAUUUUGUCAUUAAGUUAAUGUGUAAGAUAAAAAUUGUGAAAUUAAAUCAAGUCGCACAUACAUUGAAUGAGAAACGAGUCUUGCAAUCAACAAAUUUCAAAUUUAUCGUAAAACUCUUUUAUUCCUUUAAGGAUAAUUCAAAUUUAUACUUGGUACAGGAAUAUGUACCUGGUGGUGAGCUCUUUCGACAACUACGCAAACUAAGGAGAUUUAGCGAAGAUAUGACUAGAUUUUACUCUUCUCAAGUUAUACUUGCAAUCGAAUAUUUACAUUUCAUGGAUGUAGUUUACAGAGACGUGAAACCAGAGAAUAUUGUACUUGAUGCAUAUGGUUUUGUUAAGUUGACUGAUUUUGGUUUUGCCAAAUAUACAAAACGACGCACUUAUACGUUAUGUGGUACACCCGAAUAUUUGGCUCCUGAAAUAUUACAAGCGCGAGGGUAUGGGAAAGCAGUUGAUUGGUGGUCGAUAGGUGUUUUUAUAUAUGAAUUAAUUGCAGGGUUCACCCCCUUUUAUGCCCCAGAACAUCUGGACAUAUAUGCACGUAUCUUAUCUGGUAAAAUAGAGUUCAAUUCUCAUUUUAGUCAAGGAUUAGAAGAUCUAUUAAUUAACCUUUUACAAAUUGAUAUAACUAAACGUUUUGGAAAUCAGAAAAAUGGGGUUCGUGAUAUUAAACAUCAUUUUUGGUUUAAUUCAUUAAAUUGGUCGGAUAUAUAUGAACAGAAAGUAAAACCACCAUAUAUUCCCAUAUUCACAGCACCUAAUGAUACAAGAAAUUUUGAACUUGGUGAGGAACAUCCAAUACGUAUUACCCAAGAUGAAUUAUUCCCAAAAGAAUUCGAAGAUUUUUAAUGUUGGAAAUAUAUAUUUAAGAUUAGUGAAUAUAACUAUUUGUAUAAUAAAAUUAUGAAGAAGAGCAGUACUUUCAACAGGAUUUAUUAAACACAAUGAAAAAAUCGGUAUUAAUUCUGAAAACUUGUACGUUAAGUAUUUUUUAAUAUAUGGCAGAUUUCGAUUUUAGACAUAUGUGCAAUCCCGUCGAUUGAAAUUUACUUCGGGUUGGAUGUCAAUUUUCAAAUCAUUUGAGAUCAUUUCAACAAAAUUUGUAUCUUGUUAAGCAAACAUAAUGCACUAAAAAUCAAUACACAUGUGUAAAAAUAAGGUCCUAUCAUUUAUUUCAGAGAUAAACAUUCAGUCCAUUAGUUUUAAAACAAAUUAUACCAAAUAAAACAAGUAUCAAUUCAUUA